UCACUCAGGUGGCUGACCUGAAAGGUACAGUUUUGGUAUGUCACUACAGAUUUCUUUUAAGGCCAUCUUUUGGCAGGGAGGGUUGUUUAAAAAAAUCCUAAGUGAUCCUGAUAUCAUUUGUUUUUCAGAAACCAUGAAAAUUAUCAGUUGUAUUGAGGGUGGCACACAGCAGGUACAAAAAAAUAGUCACCAGUUGCUGUUUGACAGGCUUCUGUCAAGCUCUUUAUCUGCUACUAACACUAGGGCGAUAGGUAGGUUCACUUACUAAUCUUCAUGAAGUGCAUCAAAAUUCUUUUCUGGAUACAUGUUACAGAUUCUUUUUCCCCUGUUUGUUCAACAGGAAAUCGGCACUAUGGUGCUCACAUUGCUUGCAGAACAGAAAGAUGAGGGGUCUAGAUUCUUGGUGUUACUGCUGUCCUACAGCAACAAGAGGAAUAGAUUGGUGUCAGGCUAAUCCUGCACCUUGCCCAUGUGAUGUAUGUUCCCAUUAUAUAUGUGUUUCAUGCUUAAACAGUAAUUCUUUAGUUGUGGAUAAUUGGGAGCUUUGCAGACACCCAAGAGCUCAGAUCUGCUAAUGUUAACACACGCUUCCCUGCCCCCUUCCUGGCAUAACUAGUGAUCACAGAGCCAUGAAAAGUAUGUGAGUCCCUCCCCCAGCACAGACCGAUCCCACCCGGCAUAUGAUCUGGGCUCCAUGUCAGCCAGGGGAGGCAGCACUGACUUGCCGGAGCGCCAGAGCGAUGACCUUAACAAAGGAGAGUUUCCACAGGGCUCUUCUGCCCUGUUCUGAGGCAGCCAAGGUCGACAUGGACUGCACCAGAGAAGAGGAGGAGGCUCUGCUGCAGUCAGUGACGAGGACUGGAGCAGUGGUGCCAAAGAAGCGAGCGGUGGGAAGGCUGGUCAUGCACAGCAUGGCGAUGUUCGGCCGGGAGUUCUGCUAUGCCGUGGAGGCUGCCUUUGUCACGCCGGUACUGCUCAGUGUAGGGCUGCCCAAGAACCUCUACAGCCUGGUGUGGCUCAUCAGCCCAAUCCUGGGCUUCGUGCUGCAGCCUGUGGUAGGUUCAGCCAGUGAUCACUGCACCUGCGGCUGGGGCAGGCGGCGACCUUACAUUCUGGGUCUGGGCGUCGUAAUGCUGUUAGGCAUGGCUUUGUACCUCAAUGGGGACGUGAUGAUCUCAGCUUUCAUCGGUGAGAGAGACAAGCAGCGGACAUGGGCAAUAGCCAUUACCAUGCUGGGAGUAGUGCUUUUUGAUUUUGCAGCUGACUUUAUUGAUGGCCCCAUCAAAGCAUAUUUAUUUGAUGUCUGCUCUCAUCAGGAUAAAGAGAAGGGUCUGCAUUAUCACGCCCUCUUUACAGGUUUGGGAGGAGCCCUAGGUUACCUGACAGGUGCUAUGGAUUGGAGUCAGACUGUACUAGGAUAUUCCUUGGCAUCGGAAUUCCAGGUGAUUUUCUUCUUCGCAGCCUUGGUUUUCCUAAUCUGCCUUUCCAUACAUCUGCGCAGUAUUCCUGAAGUCCCACUCAGAUACGAACAUGAAGAAACAAAGUUCUUGUUGGAAGUGACUGGAUCCUAUAAAUAUAGGUCCAUAGAAGAGGACAUAAAGAAUUGUUACUUAAAAUCAACAUGUACUGAAAUAAAAGCUGCAGCUAGACCAGGGAAACGCUCUGUUACAUCACAUACAGAGGAUGAAAGGCGGAUGACCCUUAGAUCACUCUUGAAGACACUUUUAAGCAUGCCGUCCCACUAUCGCUAUCUGUGUGUGAGCCACCUCUUUGGAUGGAUGGCUUUCCUGUCCAACAUGCUCUUCUUCACGGAUUUCAUGGGACAGGUUGUGUAUGAGGGUAGUCCUUAUGCACCUCAUAACUCCACACUUUACCUUACCUACAAGACAGGAGUAGAGAUGGGAUGCUGGGGGCUGUGCAUCAAUGCUAUUUCUUCAUCAGUCUAUUCGUACCUGCAGAAAAUCCUUCUGCCAUACAUGGGAUUAAAGGGACUUUAUUUCAUUGGAUACCUACUUUUUGGACUGGGUACUGGAUUAAUUGGCUUGUUUCCCAAUGUCUAUUCCACUCUGGCUCUAUGUUCCCUCUUUGGUGUCAUGUCCAGCACAUUGUACACAGUGCCAUUCCACCUCAUUGCAGAGUAUCACAGGGAAGAAGAGAGCCUGAAGCUGCAGGAUGGGGAACAAGCUGGAGAGCAUGGGCGAGGGAAGGGCAUUGACUGUGCCGCUCUCACCUGCAUGAUCCAGCUGGCCCAGAUCAUUCUAGGUGUGGGCCUGGGGCUCUUGGUUAGUGUUGCCGGCAGUGCGGUCACUGUGAUUUCAGCAUCUAUGGUGGCACUGAUCGGCUGCUGCUUUGUUGCUUUUUGUGUUCGAUAUGUGGAGUAGGACUGUGUGAAGCAAUUGGAAGGAUCUCCCCAGGGGACCGUUUUCGUUCUGGGUCAGCAGCAGCAGUGCUGUUGCUGUGCUGGUACUGCUGGCACAUCCUCCUCUCUUGCCUCCUCCAAGCGGUUGCAAUUCCAGACCUUUAUGAAAUGGAGACUUGACAAAACUGGUUGCCUAAUGCCUCAGAUUGAAAGCUUCUGUAUUUUGACUGCUUUAUUACUUCAUUCCUGCUGACCUCAGUGUAUUAACACACUAUUACAUGUGACGGUGUGUAUGCCCAUGGUAUCUCAAUACCCUACAUGAAGAGUCAUUACAAAACUCCUCAUAACCAAUUUAUGGAUGUUAAUAGAUGAAGUAUGUGAUAAACUGAAGAUGUAAUAAAAAUGGACAGUUAGGAAGGUAGUUGUUAUUUAUCUUGUUUUUCAAGUAUCUUAAGUUUGGGGAUAUUCCUUCUGGUAGUCAAAAGCUGCAGGAAGAUGAAACGUGUCAGAGGCCAUGCAGGGUGCAAUUGUGUUACGACUAGCAGUAAUGUUAAAUGGGAUCAGUAAAUUCCCAGCUACUGUCAAAAGCAGAUUUGGGUGUGAAAGAUAAUUGGAAAAUAAAAAUAUUGAAGCCUAUUGUUUCAAAGCAUAACUGUAAAGUAAUUAUUUUAUACUGGAUCCUGCUGGUUCUGUAUAAAUGAAAUGAAAGUACUGACUGAGCUUGUCAUGAAAGUCUGCCUCAGGCUGCUCUGCAAAUCCAUGUAUAGGCACCUAAACAAUCAAUCUAUAGGAAAUAGCUGCUGUUUCUUCCUUCUUAAAAAACUGGCCUCUUGACUUUGAUACUGUAAUUGAAAAAAUAAACUUGGCCAAAAUAAGAAUUUUAUGAAUGGUUGUAAGCCACUUAAAUCUUGACAUUGGAUAUGACAGUAUUUAAAGUCGUAUCUCUGUUCUAUUUUCCUUCAUGCAUCUAGCUUUGAGUGAAAUGGUGUUUGCUCUUUACAGAAUAUUGUAAAUAAAUUCAGUUCUGCAAAGCACUAUCAGGAAUUAUUGUAUAGUAAAUACUUAAGUCCAGUUAUUUGUAUUUCAUUGCAUAUGAAGCUUCAUUCUUAUUUUUAUAAUAUUGCCAGAGUUUUGAAAAUCCUGUGUUUAUGAAAGUGAUACACUGUAUUUAAGCUGUGCUUCCUCUGUCUUGAAAACUGUCAUAUCCAUUUCCUGUGUUAUACGAUAAGCCACAUGAAACCAUCUGCUAAUGCAAUAUUCUUAAUGAACAGUGACACAGAGAGGCUGUUCCAGGUAUGGUAUUUUUUUGUUUUUGUUUUUUUUAAAUGUUGUACAUGUAUAAUCAACACUGUUCAAAAUGCACUGUUGAGCUGAUCAGCUCUUACAAGCUCUGCAUGAUAUGAACUGACACCACCACAAUUAAAUGGUUAGAUUUGACCAUAAAGUGCCUCUGCAGAGAUGCACCAACUUCAUCCUUUUUGUAUGUUUUCAAGAGUAGAGUGAGUAAUUUAUUCUCAGGAAAAACAAUUUUCCCUUAGGUAAACUCUUGUUAAUUAUAACAAGCCUAUGGAAGCUUCAGCUACCUUUUCUUGUUGAUGUUUGUGUCUCCACUGCAGGCCCAAACCAGGGCUCAGUGCAUGGCAAACCUUCAUAACUCUUUCAUCCUGCCUUACGAAGAAGCCACAUUGUAUGGUUUCUUUCAUUUUGUGGCUCUUCAUGAAUCCCCCUCAUGUCACACUAGUGGAAGAGAAAAGCUUGGAAGACUGAGCCCCCAGACUGUGCUUGAAACACUUUGUAGGUGCUGAGAUGGCUAGAGCACAAGGGUCUCAACCGGGACAAACAGGACAAGGCCAGAAAAUGAAGGAUGGUUGUCUUCUCAAUUUGCUUUAUGGCAUCAUUAGCUCACUAACUUCCAUUAACUCAGUAUCUCCUGGGAGGAGGAAUUUUUAAGGGAAGAGUGAGGCUUCUGUGGAGCCAUAAAAAUAGAGAAAGGAUGAGGUGAUGUGAUUUUAUAGGACUGCAGGACUUGAAGCACCAUGUAAACCCAUGCUCCAGGAGCUGAGGUCAUAACGCUCUGAUUCCAGUGUGAAGCUGGGAAAGGAACUUUGCAAUGUUUACCUAUGUCUUUGUCAAUAUUUUCUUUGAGGUUUAACUCCAUCAGAACAUUAAAAUUUGAAUGGUCAAUGCUAUUUCUGCUCUGUUACACAAAGAGAAAGCUGGCAUUGAUUCAGGCUCACAGACUGACUGUAGAUCUGUAGCAGCAUAACAAGAAUUGUGAACCUGCAGGGAGAAGAGAGAUGUGACCAUCACAUAUAUCAAUGCUUUUAUUUACAAAUUUAUUCAGAGAAAACUGUUUCUAGAACUCGCAUGUCUCCAUAAAAACAUCCUAUACCUGUUUCUAAGACUUCAAAAUAAUAACUUAAUGGGUCUUUGUUAAAAACAGCAAGCAGAAAAAACUAUGUACAAUUUCAGAAACAGUGUUUAAAACAGAAAAAUUAUUAUGGUGCUCAUUCUGAAGUCGAAAAUGUAUUUCAGGUGUUAACACAAUCUAAAAUGUUACUAAUUCAUGAGAAGGGAUAGAAUAAGUGUUUCAGCAAUAGAAAUGCUAAAAUAUUAAAAAUGUUAAAGGCA